UCGAGGCGAGUGGACGCGCUGGCGGAUGAUUGAUGCGAAUAUUGCGUAUACGUCGUGUGUGCGGCUCCAGCGUUCGUCGUUCGUGUGUGUGAGUGUGUGUUAAGUCGAGAGGCCCGUUAAUUGUGCGCUUGACGUUCUGGCUUUAGAUGUGCGAAUUGUAAACCGCUUUCAAGGGCCGCCGGCCGAUGUUGUCCUCUGCUCGCUCAUCAAUAAAUUAUAAUGUCCUAAUACCAAUUGACAGCGCUGGGAGCGUUGGCGGCAUGCAUAAAAUAUCAAAAGCAUUUUGGGCCCCAAGGUCUGGCGUUAUCAUCAGCGAAUGAGCAAUGGCAAUUCUCCGGUGUGCCGAUGCUUAAGUUGAUUUUAUUUUUCGCAUCUGGGCGUACACACACACACCGUACACACCCCCUUUGCAUUUAUUAAAUAUUCAGCGUUUAUACGCAACAACACAAAAGUCGUUGCUCUUGCUGGCGCCCUUUGCUCCCAUUUUUCUUCAAUUUUUUCGCUUUUGUUGUUCCACUUUUGUUCUUUUGGGGGAUAUCUCAAGCUGAGAAGCAAAACAAUCCUAAUGUACAUUGACAGUGUGGUCGAAGGCAAAAGGCACUUAGCCAUGGCCAGAACCACAUCCAUAUCAGCCCAGCGGGCUUAGCGAGUCAUGUUUACUUAAUGGAUACGCCAGGCAACUAUUAAGUGCUCCCCAAGCUCCCGGGGAACCAUUUCUUAGUUACCAUCUAAGCAGGGCCAAGCGGAUAUUAGAUUUAAUAUGGCCAUGUCAGUUAGCCAGCCACGUUAUCUGUAUUUUGGAAAUUAGGAGCACCCUGCUUGAGCCAUUAUACGUACUUACUAUCACUCCCGGAAUCAUUUAAGUACGGGGAAUUCUCCCCUUUAUUAGCCCCAAAAAAUUGCGAUUUGACUGUGCCUCGGGGAAAAGCAGCAUUUGCCUAUCUCGAUGGCCCCAUCUUCAGACCAUUACCCCUUUCCGCACCGAACAACAAAGGAAUUCCGUGGAAAACACUCGCCUCGGCCAGAUUCCUUUGCUUUCGCUUCCCUGCCUUUUUAAUUUUAAUGCGUAUCUUUCUGCAGCAGGACUGCGGCAAAAAAGAAAGUCGGCAGGUGAGAGAAGUGAAAGCAGAGCCCAGCGUCUGAGGCCAAAAGAAAAAAGAAAAACCGAAUUAAGCCAAGUUGAAGAGCGAGUAACAGACACCGCCAGCGGGCGGUCCAAAAAGCCAACUUCAUUUACGUCUGAAACGCAGUUGAAAUAAACGACUUCACGACACUGGCGGAUUUCCUAAAAAACAUCCAAUCCCUGUGGCUAACGAGCUGGCUCAGCGGGAGGACCAAGCGGAGCACCGGAGGUGGAAUCGGAAUCGGGAACGGAAUCGGUGGAAUCGAAGGAAUCGUUGGCCACGAAAAGCGCUCAGUCAACGUUUACACGCUCCAGCAGGCGCAUAAGUUUCCGCCUCAAUUCGGCGGCGGUGGUAAUUGCAAUUUUGAUUGCCAACGUGAGCUGGACAGGAACCAUCAAAGCAAACCUUCAUCGGUAUCGGCAUCGGCAUCGUCAUCCCGAUUUCGCCAGCAAUCAACACCUUCCGCGGCAACGGCCGAGGAAAUCUACGAAACCAAAUUUAUUGAAAGCUCAAUGGCCCAAACGAUGGACGACAUGGUCUUCCAGUGCAGCAAUCAAAAUUCGAUUUAUGUGCUUAAUGCCAGCUACGGUGCAUAUGGGGACUAUGGCACAUAUGCGGCAACAAAGCGUGAAAUAAAUGGCAGCCGGAGCAGAGCAGCGGCAAAUCCAAUUGAGGCAACUUGCUCGAGUGGCGUCCUGCAGCAUAAAUUCAAAACUUUUGGCAGUGCCGCAGCAGCGACAACAGCAGCAGCAACAGCAACAACAGCAACAGCAAACGCAAUGGAUGCGGCAGUGGGAAGCGCAUCAAACUACGUAAAUCCUGUCGCUACAUCAAUGUCAACCGCAAUGUGUUCACCGGCAACGGCGGCCCUGCAAAAAUUGUUCAAUUGCAGCGUCGGAGUCGCCUGCCAAAAUGUCACCCACGCAACCACCCACAGCAACCACAGCAGCAGCAGCAACACCAGCAACACAAGCAGCAGCAACAUCAACGGCAGCAGCAGCAGCAGCAAUAACAAUAGCAACCAUAACAAUAGCUGCCUGUCAGCGGCAGGCGGAGUAACCCAAAACGGCCGCAAUAGGAGCCGAAGUGGCGAAACGCUCGAUGGCCCACCGGGUGUGGUUACCUCCACGGGAUCUGGAGGAGCAGCAGCUGGAGGACCAGGACAAGGCGGACUCCCCCUCUUGCCAAAGAAGAAAUGCACCAAUGUCAAAUCAGCGCUUAUUGCCAAGAAGACAAAGUUUCUCAAAUAUCUCGAAGAGGAAAAAUGGCGCAGCCACGUCGGAGCAGCGGAAGAUGCUGGCGCCAUCAGCAAUGAGGCAGAGCCACCCAGCGGAAACAACUUGAAAAAUCAGAGCAACAGUCGGGAGGCUGGAAAUGGAAAUGGGAAUGGGUAUGGAAGUGCUGGUGGUGCUAGUGUUGGCGGAAGGCAGCUGAAUAAAUUGACCAACUGGAGCGUGCAUAAUGAGGACAACAGCACAGCAACGCUGACCAACAACCAACAGCAGCAACAGCAACAACAACAUCAAGAACAACAACAACUACAACAGCCGGGGAAAUCAAGUUUCGAACUUUACCAGGAGGCAGCCGACAUUUUGGGCCUGAGUUGCAGCCUCUGUGAUAAUUGCCGAUGCCUGGACUGUCAGAGCGGUUACUUUGACUGCGACGACGACGAUGAGAGCUACUCUGAGCAGUCGCUGAUGGACGACGAGUACGAUGAGUUCGACUGCAGUGCGGAGGAGCUACAGGCGGUGAUGACAGGAGCUCGGGAGGGGGAUGUGCCCCCGAUCCGGAUCCCCUGCUGUCCACUCGACCCCAACUAUGACGAGGUGCACAAAGGGGAUCCGGAUUCCCGUUCACCGGACUCACACACUCCGCCGGAAUCUCUGGGACAUCGGUUGGCCAUCGAUUUUGAUUUAAUUAACGCCACUUGCAGCCAAGUGCUGCAAAAUUGUGAAACAUUCAACGAAUUGAGUCUGCUAGAUGCUGCCACCGGAUCAGAGCGUCCUUUCACGUAAAUCCAGGUGACGAACUAAAAGGACUCGGACUCUGCAGCUAAUUAAAGUUUAACAAUGGUCAGGAGCCCAUUAAUUGCAUCUGACACCUCUUACAGUGGCUGCCAAUUGUAUGCGUACCCGCCCCUGGUGUUUGUGUUUCAUUUAUUUUCUUAUUUUGAUUUCAAUUAAGUUCCGAUGCAAACGGAGAACGAGGAAUGCUAAAAAUGUUUUACUGGUUAACAGGAAAGCUUUCGCUGCCAUAUAUCCUAUAUAAAUACGCAAUAUAUAAUAUAUACUUGUGUAUAUAGUUGAUCAGUUUGCAAACGCGUGACAAAAUAUUCAAACACACACUCACACACAAAUCGUAAAUAAAUUAAUUGCGAUUGGCGAUUGUCGAAUUGCAAUUUCAAUUUCAAUUGAGACGGCGGAAAUUCAAUUGCAGCGAGCACUAGCGAAAAUCCGAAACGUUUCCAUCGAUUAUCAGUAAAUAUAAACCACAUAUGCAAAAACAAUGAAAUACAAAUAGUGCCAAUUUCAUAUUCAUAUAUGAAUCUAUUCGAGUUGCAAUGCAAUGCAAACCAAACCAAAACGAAAUACAAAGGGAUUAUGUAGCCAACAAAACUAUUUAAAAAUUCAAUAAAAUAUGUAUCUCUGAAUCUAUGUACGAUAAAGGCUCGAUGUUGGUAGUGCUUAAGUAUUUAAGAAUUUUCGUGUGAUGCUUUUUAUUCGUUCAAUUGAUUUCAAAUCAAAGAGAAACAUUGGAAAUAUAUUUGUGUUGGAAAAGAA